AUGAAGGCGGCCGCAGUGAAGUGGCGGACCGACUGGGACAAGGACGUCAUCACAGGGAACUUCGCGAGGCGGAACUGGGUGCGGUGGAACCGCGAGACGGACGGUCCGGAUGGGUGGAACAUCCUGUGGGGUUCCGUCAACACGGUCCGCGACAUCUUCGCGGCGGACAGCGGGAUCCGGCUGAGUGAGAGCCAGAUCGUGAACCACUUCCCGAACCACCAGGAGCUCACCCGCAAGGACCUGAUGUACAAAAACUUGCGGCGGUACCGCAAGGAGUCGCGGAAACAGGGCAUGGACGACGCAGCGCUCUCCUUCACGCCGCUGACCUUCAUCCUGCCGCAGGACUGGCCGCUGUUCCUCGAGGAGGCGCGCCGGCGGCCGCAGUGCACGUGGAUCUUCAAACCUCAUGGGCGCGCGCAGGGGCGCGGGAUCUACCUCAUCAACAAGCUGUCGCAGCUCAAGAAGUACGAGUCGCGCGUGGGGGCGCGCGGCAACCUGGACACGUACGUCAUCUCGGAGUACCUCGACCGUCCGCUCCUGAUCGGCGGCAAGAAGUUCGACCUCCGCAUCUACGUCCUCGUGCACUCGUACCGCCCGCUGGUGGCCUACAUCUCCCGCGAAGGGUUCUGCCGGUUCUGCAGCGUCAAGUACUCGCGCGACGCAGCGGACAUCCGUAACGGCGAGAUGCACCUCACGAACGUCGCGCUGCAGCGCAACAGCGACGCGUACAACGCCGCGCACGGCAACAAGUGGCCCCUGAGUCAGCUGCUGUUGCAUCUGGAGCAGGCGCACGGGCCGGGGACGGGCCAGCGGCUGCAGAACAGCAUCGACUUCGUCGUCCUGCACUCCCUGCGCGCCGUCCAGGGCUCGGUCGACUCAAACAGGCACUGCUUCGAGCUCUACGGAUACGAUUUGAUGGUGGACGAUUCGCUGCGGGCAUGGCUCAUCGAGGCGAACGCGUCGCCGUCGCUCACGGCGACGACGCCCGAGGACCGCCGCAUGAAGGCGCGCGUGGUGCACGAGGCGCUGCAGAUCGUCGCGCCGGCCGACUGGCGCUCGCUGGAGAGCAGGUUCACCAAGGAGAUGCCGCGGCGCGUGGGGUCGUUCGAGCUGCUCUACGACGAGCGCGAGGAGCUCAAGGCGAAGAAGCAGCAGGCCAGGGAGGCGCUCGAGCGCGGGCGGCUCUCGUCGCGGUCCGAGCGGCGGUCGGGGGUGGUGCUGUGGUGA